GCCUUCUUUCCAAGCGGCGACGACAGGGGAGUGGCGCCGCGCUUGCUGUCUUGCUGUUCUUCGUCGGACGCUCCGCCGGCCGACAAGGACCCCUCCCCCCCUCUUACAGAAGCAAACAGACAUAGUGCAACUACAAUUGAAAACUCGAAAUGGUACUCAGCCAUGGUUUUUCUUGAGGCAGAGAUGUCAUGGAAUGUGUUGAUCUCACCUAGGGAGCUGGACCGCAAGGGCCUCCUGCUCCGCAAGGCUAUAAUUGUGCGUCUUCUGGAGGAUGUUACCAACAGGAGGGCUUCCAAGGAGCAUGGGUACUACAUUGCCGUCAAUCAGCUGAAGGCAAUAUCCGAAGGGAAAGUGCGUGAGCUCACUGGAGAUGUUCUGUUGCCAGUCACAUUCACCUGCAUCACGCACAAGCCUACGAAUGGUGAGGUCAUGGUUGGAUACGUGGAUAGGAUCCUCAAGCACGGCGUGUUUCUCAAAUCUGGACCCGUCGAGAGCAUCUUCAUGGCUGAGAAGUCGAUGAGCGACUACAAGUACAUUGGCGGGGAGAACACAAUGUUCAUGAACGACCACUCAAAGCUGGAGAAGGACACCACGUUGCGUUUCAAGGUCAUGGGGUUCCGCUGGAUGGAAGCCGACCGCCAGUUCCAGCUCCUUGCCACGAUCGCUGGAGACUUUCUUGGGCCUCUGUGAACUGGUUCCACAGAUUAAACGUGGCUCUGAUGUACAUUGCUCGUUAGACGGUUGAUGGAUGGAUGGGUGGUUGUGAGUUGUGAUAUGCUAGAUUUAACUUUGCAGUCAGUAGUUUGCUCUGUACCGCCAGGACAUGGCUUCUGUGACGGUAAUGCUUACGGCUGAUGCCGGGCCAUUUGGCUCCGUGGAUUAACAUGUCAGUGUACUAUGAUGAA